ACCAACACACAGCCCAUAUCAUUUGUUGGGAUGGCUUGCAUUCAAGAUGAGCUUGUCAGAAAAUUGUUACCUCUGCCAAGGGUGCCCCUGGGCCUGCGGCAAUGAAGUACCAGUAUAAAAGGCAGCCCAGCUCCCUGCUCUCUCAUCCAAUUCUCUCGCCUCAUCCUCCUUGGGAACCAGGUGCAUCUCCAGCCCCAGACAUGUCCUGCUACAACCAGUGCCUGCCAUGCCGGCCCUGUGGCCCGACCCCGCUGGCCAGCAGCUGCAAUGAGCCCUGCGUCAGGCAGUGCCAGAACUCCACCAUUGUCAUUGAGCCCUCUCCCGUGGUGGUGACCCUGCCCGGCCCCAUCCUCAGCUCCUUCCCGCAGAACACCGUUGUGGGAUCCUCCACCUCCGCCGCCGUUGGCAGCAUCCUCAGCUGUGACGGAGUCCCCAUCACCUCUGGCUGCUGUGACCUCUCCUGUAUUUCCAGCCGCUACUGUGGCAGAAGGUGCCUGCCCUGCUAAAGCCACUGGCCAUGGCCCUGGGGUUCCAGCACAACCAUGGUGCUGGACAAUAGAAGGAGGAAUCUUCAGGCCCUUGCUUUCAGAAUGACUGACCUUCCUCACCUCCUCUGGCAGAGAUCGGCAGGAGCCAGACCAGGGGCUACCCCGAGAUUUCUGAAAACAUGGCCCAUGUCUCUCCUUCCAUCCCUCCACCUACCUCCUUCUCUCCUUUUUCUUUGUGUUCUUCUCCUCCCUUGGGUUGUCAGGCUCCUCAGAUCCAGCCCUCCCGCUGCGGUAACAGCAGACACAUGCCCUGCAUGAUCUCCGCCAUGGGCUAGGGACGCUGCCUCUCGGUAGGCUCUGGAGAUCCCUGCACUGAAGGGCCUCUGCUCAGAGUGACCUGCUUUUCCUCUGUACACUCAUUAAAGAUUUCUGCAUCCCA